UCCCCGGCGGAUGCCCGCCGCCCGGCUGCGCGCUGGCACCGCGAGGCCGGUGGGCGCGCCCCUGGGGGAGGUGUACAGCGUGCUCGUCAGAGGCUGGUCGUCCCCUGCCGUGCCCCCGCCGUCCGGGCCCAGCUUGCCGGAGGCGGCCUCGCAGCGCCGCACGCCCCCCGCCCCCGGCAGACGACGCCUGGGAUCUCACAGCCCGCCGAUGGCUGCGUUUUGUAGCGGUUGCGUUUGCGAGGACCCCGAGCCACACUGUUCAUGUUUAAACACAGGCUUCCCUGCGGGUCCGUGGGGAGCACGGUCCAGGUGCUCGCGGACGGCGCCCGAGCGUGCUGAGUGGAGGAGGCAGGCGGGCAUAGACCGGGGCUUCAGCCCGAGGAUGCGACCAGGAGGCCCUGCAGAUUCCAUUUACCAAGUUAUGGAAAACUUUGGUCUCAUAUCUCCAUUGGCAAAGCCAGUCCUCACUGUCAAAUCCUCCAGCUACUUAGACCCCUGGGGCUUUUGGAAGAAAAGGAUGGACGUCACAUCCAACUCAAGGGACCCAGGUUCGAUCCCUGGUCAGGGAACUAGAUCCUGCAUGUGGCAAGGAAGAUCCUGCACGCUGCAACGAAAUCCCACAUGCGACAACGAAGAUCCUGUGUGCUGCAACGAAAUCCUGGCGCACCCAAAUAAAUAAACAAAUAUUUAAAACAAACAAAAAAAUGGAGUCACAGUGGCCAACGUGAAUUUCCGUAUUAGUUGUUUUGAAACAUCCUGCAGACUGGGAUUGUCUUUGAUAAACUGAGAGUGUUACUUUAGAUAAGGGAUUUGUUGGGCAAUGUAUGUCACUGGAACAGAAGGAGCAACGGACAGAGGCGAGAUCCCCUCCCCUGGGCAUAACCGUUGCUCCUUAAAAAGAGACCACUGAGCUGAGGAACUCAGAGUGUUCCAGAUGGAGGCUGCUGGAGGGUCACUUCCACUCUGCUAUCCAGAGACCCGUUACUGGACUGGAGACCCUGCUCAUGCAGAGACGCCUCCUCCCUGACUUCUCCUCGGAGUGGUUUGUGACCCUCUUCUCCCGACUUCAGCUAACCUGUGUCGUGUGCUAAUC